AUGAAUAUUUAUAUUUUGUUCCUAGUUUUGUCUAGCUGGACUGUUAACUGUUCUGAUACUAAUCAAAGUGAUACAGUGUCUGCUACAGGAACUGGAAGCACAAUGCCAAUGCCAUCAAAAAUGGAUGAUUUUAGGAAACGUUUACUAAUUUUCAUCAUUGGUAUUAUGAUAAUAGCCUUUGUGUUUACAUGUUUUUGUUUUCUUCAUUACAAUUGUAUGGGAGAUGAUGCUCUUACCUCAGACAUGGAAAAGAGACAAGGUAUUUCAGCUAUGUCAUCGUAUCAAUCCAAAAUAUUAACUGAUGACUUCAAGAUAACAAAUUCGUACAGUCUAGAAAGAUACCUAAUGAUGUCUGCUGGAGAAAUGUUAGCUCCACUUCCAGGUGAAGAAAUGCUAUCCCCACCAUAUAGUACUGAAAAGCUAAUUGGGUCUCCGUGUGCACAAAAUAUAUCCAUGGCAAGUGACCACCAAGUGACAAAAAGUGACAAAAGUGACAAAAAGUCAUCUAAGUCAUCGAGAAAAUCAACCAAGUCACAUCACUCGGAAAAGUCAAAUAGGACCCAGAGUCUAGAAAAUACAGCAAGUAUCCAGAAGGUAGACAACCCAGUCUGUCCGCAUAAGCCAAUCGAACAACCUCCUGUAGUUAAAACACAUUCACCACCUAGGUCAGUCAAAUCACCUUGCCUACCUCAAUCACGAAAUCAAAUCUUGUCAUGCAAACCAUCAAGGCCAAAGAAAUCGGCUAAGUUACACAAACGUUUUCAUCUUAAAAAAUCGUGUAUACGAAAUGAAGCCAUGCUAUCCAGACCUUUAUUAGCCAAGAGAUGUCACUGUUUUAAAGAAAGAUGCCUUGUUUGCAACCCUUCCUCUGAAUUAUUGCUAACUAACAUUUCUGACGCAAUGAAAAGCUCUCUAAACUUUUAUGUUUCAAGCAAGAGGCAGUAUUAUUCUGUUUACUACCCUGAGGUAGACUCCAACAAUGAAUCAUACCAAGAUAGCAUGAGUAAUGAUGAUUCGAUGACAUAUGACUCAGAUGAUAGCAAUGAGGAAAUAAUAAUUUUGUGCAACACCAGAUAUGAUGAUGAUGUUCCCAAACACAAGAGAAAUACUUGGACUCAAUGA